CGGGACAGACCCGAACCCGCCCGGGACAGACCCCCCCGCAGCGGCGCGACCGCCCCGAGCCCACCCGACCCUCCGCGACCCCCCCGCGACCCCCGCGAUGUCCAACGCGCACUUCAACCGCGGGCCGGCCUACGGGCUCUCGGCCGAGGUCAAGAACAAGCUGGCUCAGAAAUACGACCCCCAGUGCGAGCGGGAGCUCCGGGCGUGGAUCGAGGGCACCACGGGCCGACGGAUCGGGGACAACUUCAUGGAUGGGCUUCAGGACGGUAUCCUCUGCGAGCUCAUCAACAAGCUGCAGCCGGGCUCGGUGCCCAAGGUGAACGAGCCCGUCCAGAACUGGCACAAGCUGGAGAACAUCGGGAACUUCCUGCGGGCCAUCACGCGCUACGGGGUGAAGCCCCACGACAUCUUCGAGGCCAACGACCUCUUCGAGAACACCAACCACACCCAGGUCCAGUCCACCCUCAUCGCCCUCGCCAGCCAGGCCAAGACCAAGGGGAACAACGUGAGUUUGGGGGUGAAAUACGCGGAGAAGCAGCAGCGGCGCUUCCACCCCGAGAAACUGCGCGAGGGCAGGAACAUCAUCGGGCUCCAGAUGGGCACCAACAAGUUCGCCAGCCAGCAGGGCAUGACGGCCUACGGGACACGGCGGCACCUCUACGACCCCAAACUGGGCACGGACCAGCCCCUGGACCAGGCCACCAUCAGCCUCCAGAUGGGCACCAACAAAGGCGCCAGCCAGGCGGGGAUGACGGCGCCGGGCACGAAGCGCCAGAUCUUCGAGCCGUCGCUGGGGAUGGAGCACUGCGACACCAUGACCAUCGGGCUGCAGAUGGGCAGCAACAAGGGCGCCUCGCAGACGGGCAUGACGGUCUACGGGCUCCCGCGCCAGGUCUACGACCCCAAGUACUGCGGCGGCCCCGAGCUCUUCGGCCACGACGGCUACGACGGCCACGACGGGCUCUACAACUCGCAGUAGCCGCCGGAGCCGCCGCCGCUUCCACCUCCCACCCCCGGCCCGCCCCGCGCACCGCCCCAGCCACGCUGCACCACCCGCACCCGGCUCGGCGCCGGGAUCCGCCCCGGGAAGGGUCUCGGGGGAAUCAGCCCCGGGAUCGGCUCCGGGAUCCGCCCCGGGAAGGGUCUCGGGGGAAUCAGCCCCGGGAUCGGCUCCGGGAUCAGCCCCGGGACUGGCACCGGGACCAGCCCUGGGAUCAGCCCCGGGAUUGGCACCGGGAUCUGCCCCGGGAAGGGUCUCGGGGGGAAUCAGCCCCGGGAUUGGCACCGGGAUCCGCCCCGGGAAGGGUCUCGGGGGGAAUCAGCCCCGGGACUGGCACCGGGACCAGCCCUGGGAUCAGCCCUGGGAUCGGCUCCGGGAUCAGCCCCGGGACCAGCCCUAGGAUCAGCCCCGGGGCACCGAGACCAG